UAUUUCGCUCAUUUAACCAAAGAGAAUAUUCACGAUGAGAUCUGUAUACGUUUGCAACGCCAUUUCCCCCACCAUCAGUACCUACUAGCAGAGACAAUUUUUCAUUGUGAACCCCCCGGUACCACACUAGCUGUCAUUAAACCUGACGGUAUGUCUCACGAAAAUGAGAUUGUGAACAUACUUUUAAAGAAAGGAUUUGUGAUAAAGCAGGAUAAAACUCUUCAGUUGACAGCAGAGCAAGUGUCAGAAUGGUAUUUUGAUAAACUUGAAGCGCCCUACUAUCCAUCUCUCAUGAACUAUUUGACAAGGAGUCCUAUACGCGUGUUGCAAUUAUCAAGAAUUCGUGCGAUUCCCUAUCUACGUCAAUUGAUCGGACCGACGAAUCCAGAUUUGGCACGCGAGAAAUUCCCAACCACCAUCAGAGCGUUAUACGGUACGAAUAUGCAGGAAAAUGCAAUUCAUGCAAGUGACUCUGAGGUAUCAGCUGAAGGAGAGUUCAAUGUUUUUUUCGGUAAUGACGUAGCCACCAGCGGUCCAUCGAACACAAGGCGUUUAGCUUAGCAAUGAAGUAAUAAAAAGAAAAUUUGUCAUUCUCAAUUCUGUCAAUUUUUGAAAAUGC